UGAUGGGAGGCAGAGGCAGGGCAGCUAAAUAUAGUCCUGGGGCCAGGGCUAAGCCUGGGAGGAUCUGUCUGCUAUCCGCUGCCGCCAUCACCCGUGGUGUUCACUGCUGGCUGCCCCUGAGAGUCCCCUGUCCUUGUCCUGAGCUUGUUGCUUGCCUCUCACCUACCUUCAGACACAACUCUGACGCGGCUGCCCGCCAUGUCGGCUGCGCCCAGCCUCCUGCACCAGGAGCUGUCCUGCCCGCUGCGUCUGCAGCUUUUCGACGCGCCCGUGACUGCAGAGUGCGGCCACAGCUUCUGCCGUGCCUGCCUUAGCCGUGCGGCAGGGGAGCCGGCGGCGGACGGCACGGCGCCCUGCCCGUGCUGCCAGGCACCUACGCGGCCACAGGCGCUCAGCACCAACCUGCAGCUGGCGCGCCUGGUGGAGGGGCUGGCACAGGUGCCGCAGGGCCACUGCGAGGAGCACCUAGACCCGCUCAGCAUCUACUGCGAGCAGGACCGCGCCCUUGUGUGCGGCGUGUGUGCCUCGCUGGGUUCCCACCGUGGCCAUCGCCUGCUGCCGGCAGCUGAAGCUCACGCGCGCCUCAAGACACAGCUCCCACAACAGAAGCUGCAGCUGCAGGAGGCAUGUACACGCAAGGAGAAGAGCGUGGCUGUGCUGGAGCAUCAGCUGAUGGAGGUGAAGGAGACAGUGCGUCAGUUCCAGAGGGCUGUGGGGGAGCAGCUGGGCAAGAUGAGGGAGUUCCUGGCUGCACUGGAGGGCUCCUUGGACCGUGAAGCUGAGCGUGUGCGAAGUGAGGCUGGGGUUGCCUUGCAGCGGGAGUUGGGGAGCCUGAACUCUUACCUGGAGCAGUUGCGGCAGAUGGAGAAGGUGCUGGAUGAGGUGGUGGAGAAGCCUCAGACUGAGUUCCUCAUGAAAUACUGCCUGGUGACCAGCAGGAUGAUGCCCAAACAACUGAGCCACACUGACCAGGACCUGUGUGGUGGCUUCUGCCUUUGAAUGGCGGGACCAGGAAUCUCGGGUCAAGCCUCAGUAUUGCUGGACAGUCUUCUUUUAAAAAAAAAAUUUAAACCUUUUGUAACACAUUUGGUUUUUUAAAGAUUUUAUAUAUUUAUUUUAGAGAGGGGAAGGGAGGGAGAAAAAGAGGGAGAGAAACAUCAAUGUGUGGUCACCUCUCAUGUGCCCCUUGUUGGGGACCUGGCUUGCAACCCAGGCAUGUGCCCUCACUGGGAAUUGAACCGUUGACCCUUCAGUUUGCAAGCUGGUGCUCAAUCCACUGAGUGACACCAGCCACGACUGCUGGACAGUCUUACCACAAGGGUUAAAAAACUCCCCCAUGAUUUUCCGGGAGAUGCUGUGUCAGGAUUUAAAAGACAUAAAACUACAAGGAAGAAUUGUUAGUAAUAUGUAGCUACAUCAUUUAACUAAUACUAUAGCCACUUGGAACCAUUUGGCAUCUUGUGGCUAUGAAGUAUCAGCACAGAGGCCCAGUUUUGCCAACAAGAUGUAAGGUUUCUUGGAUUCCUGCUUGAACCUGGCAAAAGGAGUCUUAUUUGACUUGUCAAAGAAACUAGAUCACACUUUCCAGGGUGGCCAGCUGGCUUGAGAGCUGUGGCAGUCACCUGUGAACACUUAUAGGAAGCUGAAAAGUUUUCCUUGGGACAACCAGUCACCAUUUAUGCAGCCCACCAAGCACUGAGCUCACUAGAGCAGAAAGAAAAUUUGCGGCUCAGUGCUAGGAGAAUAAGCAUGUACCAAGCAAUUCAAAACUGUAAGUAAGUUAAUUCCUGCCUCCCUUCUCCCAGAGCCUAAUUUGGCUGUGUUAACACAUGACUGUGCUGGAAUAAUUGAUGAAGUUUAUUCUACCAGAAUUGAUUAGGAAAAAAAAAGGGUGAAUGUGUAUCCGAAAGGAAAGAAGACCAUUAACCUCCAAUAAAAAGGAAAUUAAGCAUGCAACAGAAAUUUUAAAUUAUUAGAGGCUAUUCAAGUACCUUUACAGGUGGCAGUUAUACACUGCCUGGGGUAUCAAAAAAGGACACUGGAGUAGCUAAAGGAAACAAUCUGGCUGAUUGAGCAGCAAAAGAGGCUGCUAAAAGAACAUUAAUAAUGCUUUUGGUACCUGUUCUAGACUUGUCACAGUUUGACCCUGAAUAUUCAAGUGCAGACUUGGAGAAAGCUUAAGAGCUGGGGUUUUGAACACCUAUAUUAAACCAUGGCUCACAGGUCCUGGAAUUCCUAAAACCAUGUGUGCCAGAAGGACAGUCCUAAGACAGAUCACCAUCAGAAAAAAAAAAAAAGGCAGAAACUACCAAGGACAGUGCCUGUUUGAGGACUGGCAAAUAGAUUUUGCCCCCAGAUGCCAAGGGUCUGAGGAUGGAAAUAUUUGCCUUUGUUGAUAACUUUUCAGAAUGAAUAGAGGCCUAUCCUACUAGAACUGAGAAAUCCUUGGAGGUAAUGAAAGUCCCACUGAAGGAAAUAAUUUCUCACUUUGCCUUACUCAGCAGCAUGUAGAGCUGUAAUGGAGCUACUUUUGUUUAAGAAAUUGCACAGAAGAUUAGUCAAUUUUUAGGAAUCAAGUGGAGACUCCACAUGGCAUGGAGACCUCAGCCUACUGGGAAGGUAGAGGUGAAAUGUUGUGGGAGGCUCUGUUCUUCUUGCUGACACAGUAAAGAAUUACAGAUCAGCAAGCAAGCAGAGUUUAUUAGUGAUACAUUCUCAUGGAAGAGAACAGACCUAGAGGAGGUAGAUGAGAAAAGCACAGACACUUGGUCUGUUGGUCCUGUGCGUUUAUAAACUUUGUGGGGUGGGGUGAGAGAAUUACAUAUUGAUUUGGUGGGAGAAGGUGGUGCAUAAUCCUUCAAGGGAGGGUGUGACCUCCUUAGGGUAAGUAUGGGUGGAGGUCUGUUAAUGUAGAUUUUUAUUUUACCCCAGACUGUCUCUGUUACCCUGUUAAAAACAGAUACAUUGCCUGAGGCAGUUAAUCAAAGUUAUUUGAGAGUUUUUUGCAAGUACUAUGGGCCCCCUCCCACCCAUCCUGCUUCUACCUAAACUAAGCUUCUACCUAAACUUCUACCUAACAUAGUCACACCUUGAAGAAAAAUGUACCCAAACUGUGUCAAGAAACUCAUCUCCACUGGGAUCAAGCUUUACCUAUUGCCCUGCUCAGGAUAAGGGUGGCUCCUCGAACUGGGACUCAACUGAGUCCCUGUGAAAUUAUGCACAGGUGGCCAUUUCAGGCUAUGACUGGUGUGGGAGAUAUGUAUGUAGAUCAAGAAGUGAAGGUAAAGGAAUUAUGUAUAACAUUUAAGUCAGACGUUAACUGUGAUUAAUGACCUUGCUUGUAUUAGAGAUUUCUCCUCCACAGGCUCACUACAUUCUUUUGAGCCUGAAAUGAGGGUCUGAUGAGGGACUGAAAUGUUGGAAAAUUUUUAGUUACAGGUAACUAAAGCUUAGUAAUCAAUGUAUGUAAAGCUAUUGUUUCAGGAACUGAAAACAUGUCCCACCUUGACUUCAGGAGACCAUAAGCAGUCCAAACUCUAUGCCUCAGAAGGAUUGCAAGCCAUCAAGAUGCCCACCAUCCAGGACAGAGAUGAAAGAAUGCUGCAGAUUUUUAUAGGAUUAACUUCUCCCCUGAAUUCUAAACCCUUUACCUACACUUCUCUUCUCCUUAUAAAAAGGGUCAAUUUAGAUGGAAUUUAAGAUGGUCUGUUAGGGUACAAACCCACUGUCUUCUCAGAUCACCAGCCAUCUGAAUAAGAUGCCCAUAAAGAUUCAGUCCUUGUCUCUGCAUAUUGGGUCUCUUGGUGGCAGGCAUCACAAAGGCUUGCUUUUCCUGUUUCACAUUCUGGUGACUCCACUCCAGGACAGAUUUUGGAACUCUCCAGUAACUCUGGGCAUUCGGUGGGGAGUCCCAUUGGCUGCCUGGACUGGGGGUGGGGAGAGGACGCCCAGGGUGCAGAUUUGGAGACUCCCUAGCUGCUACCAGGAGGUUUCACUUGGGGACUCUGCACAAACACCACCACCACACC